AUGUUGUGUGGGGACGCGGAGAGAGAGGAUGGCGGAUUAGGCGGCAGCCUCACUGGUGCUGGGGACGAGCGCGGCAGCGGCGCAGAGCUGGUUACCAGCGGCACAGCGCUGGUUACCAGCAGCAUCAUGGGGAAUGGCGACUGCGGCAGCGGCACAGCUGCAUGUGAAGGCGGCAGCGGCACUGCUGCAUGUGAAGGCGGCAGCGGCGCAGCUGCAUGUGAAGGCGGCAGCGGCACUGCUGCAUGUGAAGGCGGCAGCGGCACUGCUGCAUGUGAAGGCGGCAGCGGCGCAGCGCUGGUCACCAGCGGCAUCAUGGAGGGCGGCAACCGAGUUUUGGCGAGUGUGAAUGGCUGUUUUGCCGGCAGCAACGCUGCUGCUGGGGACGAGGGCGGCAGCGGCGCAGUGGUGGUUACCAGCGGCACAGCAGACGGCGGCAGCGGCACAGAGCAGGUGGUUACCAGCGGCACACUGCAGGUGGUUCGCAGCAGCAUGGGAGACGGCAGCAUUGUUUCUGCACGCGUCGCACCGAGCUGCACUGCUCCUUGUGAGGGCGGCAGCGGCACAGCGCUGGUUACCAGAGGCUCGGGAGACGGCAGCAACGGCAAAGUGCAGGUGGUUACCAGAGGCUCGGGAGACGGCAGCAACGGCAAAGUGGUGGUGGCUAGCAGCAUGGGAGACGGUAGUAGCGGCUUAACGCUGGUGGCUAGCAGCAGUGUGGGAGAUGGCGACCGAGAUUCUCCGCACUGCCCAGAAAAACUACAGGCAUUAAGCGAGGCUGCUCUUAACGUGGCUGCUCUUAACGAACCCGAGCCCCCUGCUUCUCCGAAAGGCGCGGUGGCCAUUGGCAAGAAAAUCCGGGUCGCCACUGUGCCGCAAGGAGCCGAGCUGGCAGGGUCAAGGGGCGAGGGGAGUGUGACGCUUGGGCCUGAAAUUAUCGGUGAUUUGCCAUUAGACCCUUUGGGCAGCUGUCAGCCCUUCCGCCCUUCUGCUUUCCUUCGGGAUCCUGUUUGGAAUCCGAGUUUUGAGACGUCUCAAAGCAAGCCUGCUUGGAAUCUGAGCUACAGCCACCACCUGCCAGUGCCAGACGUGGCAUACACCCCAUACGCCUUAUGGGGCAACAACUUGUGGAUUCCUGCCUUCCCCUUCCAAAUGAAAACGUUUGGGCUGACCGGAGGCGCUUCACCCGCUACAGUUCAGCCAGCGUCAGCAGCGGUGCAGCCUUUUGAGACGGCUCAAAAGGUUGCAGCAGCAGAGCAGCCCUAUGAGGCAGCUCAAAAGGCAUCAGCAGUGCAGCCUCGGCCUUUGAAAAGACUGAUAAGCGAGAUGAGGAAGAAGGGCAACAAGAGGGCGAAACUCAUCGGACAUGCGGCCUCCACUCCCACUCCUACCACCCCAACCACUCCCUCCACAUCGGUCCAUUCCACUCCUACCGCUGCUGAAUCUACUACGUCCGGUUCCAAUGCCCCUGCUUCGCAUGCGUCUGCAUCUGCAAGCAAGGUAAGUUUGAGUGGUGAAAGGUACAGAUGGCACAACCAUGGAAACAAGGUGAUCGCUCCAAAAGGGGAGGCUCGCUUUCUAAGGAAGUACUACCGCUGCAGUCAGUACUCGGAUUCAGGCUGUCGCGCGGUGAGAACCGUUGAUGUUCUUGAUGGACAGCCGCUGAGAAUCCAGUUUCGCGGCACACAUAAUCAUGCAUGGCCGGCCAGGACAGAAGAGCAGGGUUGUCCAGAGGGUGUGUGA